ACGCCGCCCCGCGGGCUCCGGCCCACCAGGUCGCUUGUCGGAGGCGCUGGGCCGGGCUCGGGGUUCUUCGCGGCCCUGGGGCGGCGGCGUGGGCGCCGCUCACACUCAUGAGGAGCCGGAAGCUCGCAGGUGGAGUGCGCUCCUCGGCCCGCCUGAGAGGCAGAAGUUGCUCGGCAGCCGCGUUGGCCUCUGCACAGGAAGCGGACGUCACCAAGUCUGCCAAGACAGUGUGUCUGACUUCCUCAUCACACAGAGCUACUGAGAGGCGAACAUCCAAGAAGUUCAAGUGUGACAAAGAUAGCCUUGUGAAGUCAGAGUUACAGAAACUGGUAACUAAAAGUGAUAGUGCCUCCUUGCCAAAGAUCAUACCUGAGGCCCCUGGUGAAAAUGAGCCUCCAGAAUUUGCUGGAAGCCAAGUAUUGUUUCUGGGAAAUGAAGUUGGUGCCCCCAUGCCACAUGAGGGCGAAGGCCUUCCCCUCAGUCACCACAGAGUUGUGGAUGACAGCUGCUCAACAAAGAUUGGAGACAGCCUGCCCCUGCCAAAUCACAGAGCCAGCGCGGAAGCAUCUGAGAGCAGCUCCACAGUGCAGGAUGAGGCAGCCUCGGAGGUAGAGAAGGUGCAGAAGCCACCACUGCAGAUGGACAACAGCGUCUUUCUAGAUGAUGACAGCAAUCAGCCGAUGCCAGUGAGCCGAUUCUUUGGAAAUGUCGAGCUCAUGCAGGACCUUCCACCAGUGUCUUCAUCUUGUCCUUCGAUGAGCAGACGAGAGUUCAGAAAAAUGCAUUUCAGAGCCAAAGAUGAUGAUGACGACGACGAUGAUGCAGAAAUGUAGAUAAUAAAAUAAAUAAAAUAAUUUCUUUACAUAUUUAGUCAGAUUACAAUUCAACAAUUUAGCAGAUUACAGGAUUCAUAUAAAAUUUAUCUCAAAGAGCUGUUCUUAAUCAAGAACUUGCUCAUAGAAGUGAACAAAUAAUGCAAAACACCAAAUAACCUGUGAUAUGAUCUGAACUGCUGUAACAAUCUUUGAGAUUGUAAAGCUGCUGUCUCCAUGUUCCUGUAUUUUCUUAUAUUUGUAUGUGUGUGUAUAUAUAUAUAUAAAAGGAUGGUUUGAGUCAGCUGAGGGGGGUUGGGAUUAAAUAGUGGAUACAUUUGUAAAGAAAAAUAUUCACUUAAAUAGUUUUAAAUGAAGAUGUAGUUUUGAUAAUACGCAAGUUUAUUUUCCAUUGUCAGAUUUUGAUCAUUCUUGUGAUUAAUUCAAUGCCAGUUCUUAAAGAACUCGACUUUCUCUGUAUAUGAUGCUAAUAUUUACCUUGGAAAUUUUGCAGAAUACAUAUAGGAAAGAAAUAAAAUGUGUUUUAAAAAUA